AUGCCUCACGUGGCACUUGAUGGGGUACAGAAGUCUCUUCGGCGAAGCUCAAUUGGCCGUCUUUGGCCUGUCCAAGGACCGAUCCUUGAAAUAUCGGCAGCCCUACCCAAUCUACGGAGUCCAGAUGGCAUGGUGCGUGAUGUGGCCGCGUUGGUCAGGGCUGCGCCUACAGCCUGCAGCCUGCAGCCCCAAACCAAAGCGGCAAUUGGAACCAUUGCGAGUGCAGCCAAGGAGCAAAGAAGCAAAUGGAAACUAUGCCGGUCACGGCGUGUCGUGGGAUUUAAAUUAUCUGGACUCUUGACUAACGGCGGCAUCCCCCCGCCUGUCUUCCAUGGUUCCCGAGAAGGAGGGGCACGGCCUGUGCCGAAGAUCGCUGACAUGGAUCAGGCUCCCCUCGUGGUCGUGCCGGGCUACCUCCAGGAAAUCCUACCCACCGGGUCUGCAGCAGCCUGA